AAUCGUGUCGAAUCCUUGCAAUACACGUAACGCCAAAUGGGCCGGGCUUUUGGGCCCAUCAGAAGCCCAAGGGGAAGAAAGCCCAAUCCACAAAUUCAGCAGUUCAUCGUCGUCGUCAUGCUCAGACCAGCAAGAGCAAAUCCUAUCAGAAGAAGAAGGCGGAGAAGGAAAGCAGAAGCCGGAAAUGGCGAAUCCGAGGAGGAGCUCAUACUCAGCUCCCCAAGCGACCAUCAGCUUAGAAAGCGCAAUGCCCUCAUCGACCUUUGCUCAGAGGAACAGCCUGUUUUCAUCGUCCUCCGUGAUCCAUUUCCUGAAGAAGCCCCACGCCAUCCCCUUCCUCCUCUCCGUGUUCCUCCUCCUCACUUGGAUCUCUCUCAGGCUCCAGAGCUCCUCCUCCCGCUUCUCCUCGCCCCCGCACCUCCGGGACAGCGCCAUCAAGUGGUCCAGGGAAGACGAUUCCAAGGCUAAUCUUGUCCGUUUCCCUGCUUCCAAGCUUGUCAAGGACAAGCGCGGGUGGCUCGUCAACCCUGUGUCUCUUGCCCUGGAUUCCGGCAUUGCAGGUGGAGCUGUGAGUUGUGCGUCGGUUCAUGUUGGCGAAAUUCGACCUGGUGGGGUCAGGGCAAACCACAGGCAUCAUACUUGUAAUGAGACCUUUGUCAUCUGGGGAGCUAAAACAAAGUUCAGACUAGAGAAAGGUGAUGUGGUGGAUAAAGCUUAUGCUGAAGUAGUGGUUGGGGCUGACGAGGUUGCGGUCGCAGCAAGCCCACGAGGUACAGCCCAUGCUUUGGUCAAUGUGGAUCCAAUACGGACCACAUUCUUCCUUGGGUGCCAAGACAGCAUUGUGAACUACUCCAGCUCUGGAACUGACUUUAAUGUAUGGAAAGAUUUGUAAAUAGCUGCUUCUUUCAUCUGACAUGUGAAAUGGGAGAUGUUUUGGGUGAGGGGGUUUUCUCUCCUCUAGAUUGCGAGAUGUGCAUCCGGAUGGGAUACUGAUGUCUUACAUCUGUAUAUAGAGAGCAGUCAUAUAUUUCAAAUUAGAUACCGUCGUUCCAUAUGGUA